AGCCUGCAAUUGAAGUAUACUCACCAAAAACAACGACUAAUAGGAUUAAUUCCGAUUAUUCAACUUCCCCCGCAACGGACAUGUCGCCGAUGCUAUUUACGGAGACACGUACCAACUCCGAUUUACCGGGAGAUGAGGGGCUCACUUCCACCGAACAUCACUCUACCGUCUUUAUAUUUUAUAAGCUGUAUUGCCCCUCUCUACUGUCGAUCUAAGACAUAGGGUCAUUUGAGCUGUCCUGAAGCAUCCAACGGCAAUCUCUAUUCGAGUUGUUCAACGUUCACCAUGGAUUCCUCCAAACCCGUCUCCUCCACUUUUGGAGAAGCGAAAUACAUCGAAUUUCCCUGUCUUCCAGAGGGCACAAAGCAUGAGGAUGGAACGCUUGCACUGAACCGCUACUCUUCAACCAUUACUAGAGGCCAUGACUUUCCGGGCGCGAAGGCAAUGCUCUAUGCUGCAGGGGUUCCUGACCAGAACGCUAUGGCAAAGAGUCCUCAGGUAGGAAUUGCGUCUGUGUGGUGGGAAGGAAAUCCGUGUAACAUGCACCUGCUGGAUAUGGGCAAGACGGUGAAGAAGUCCGUCGAGGGCCAGGGCAUGAUCGGUUGGCAAUAUAACACCAUUGGCGUUUCAGAUGCCAUCACCAUGGGCAGUGAAGGCAUGAGGUUUUCUCUCCAAACACGUGAGGUCAUUGCAGAUAGUGUUGAGACCGUGACAUGUGCUCAGUACCACGAUGCCUGCAUUGCCAUUCCCGGGUGCGACAAAAACAUGCCUGGAGUGGUGAUGGGUAUGGCCAGGCAUAACCGGCCCUCCAUCAUGGUCUACGGCGGGACUAUUCAGAUUGGGUAUUCCAACCUCCUACGAAAGCCAAUCAACGUUUCAAGUUGCUUCGAAGCCGCCGGGGCUUAUUCAUAUGAUACUUUGCGUCAGCCGGACGAUGGAGGAGACACCAGUAAGACCAAGGAUGAGAUCAUGGAUGAUCUUGAGAGACAUGCCUGUCCCAGUGCGGGCGCAUGUGGAGGCAUGUUCACUGCGAACACAAUGGCCACAGCUAUCGAGUCGAUGGGCUUGUCUUUGCCUGGCUCCUCUUCUACCCCCGCUACAUCUCCAUCGAAAAUGCGAGAGUGUGUUAAGGUGGCGGAAGCGAUUAAAGUUUGCAUGGAAAAGAAUAUAAGACCGCGUGACCUUUUGACUAAGCGGUCCUUCGAAAAUGCCCUCGUCAUGACGAUGGCUCUUGGAGGAAGCACCAACGGUGUGCUCCACUUCCUUGCCAUGGCUCGGACAGCUGGUGUAGAACUCACUCUGGAUGAUAUUCAGAGGGUCAGUAACAAGAUUCCAUUCAUUGCCGACCUUUCCCCCAGCGGAAAAUACUACAUGGCGGACUUGUACGAUAUUGGAGGCGUCCCCUCUGUUCAGAAGCUGUUGAUUGCAGGGGGCUUGCUUGAUGGCGAUAUUCCGACGGUUACUGGAAAGACUCUAGCCGAGAACGUGGCGUCGUUCCCAUCGUUGCCGGACGAUCAGGUUAUUAUUCGUCCUUUAGACAACCCUAUUAAGGCAACUGGCCACCUUCAGAUCCUCCGUGGAAACCUAGCCCCCGGAGGCGCUGUGGCCAAAAUCACCGGCAAAGAGGGCACUAAGUUUGUAGGCAAGGCGCGAGUGUUUGAUAAGGAGUAUCAGCUUAAUGAUGCACUCAACCAGGGAAAAAUACCCCGUGAUGAGAAUCUAGUGAUCAUCGUCCGCUAUGAGGGCCCCAAGGGCGGACCAGGAAUGCCGGAACAACUCAAGGCCAGCGCGGCAUUGAUGGGAGCCAAGCUUACCAACGUGGCACUGAUCACUGAUGGAAGAUACUCAGGGGCAAGUCAUGGGUUCAUCGUCGGCCACAUCGUACCGGAAGCCGCGGUAGGAGGGCCAAUCGCUGUUGUCCGCGAUGGGGACGUGGUCACCAUCAAUGCAGAGACCAACGAAAUUAGCAUGGAUGUCUCGGAUGAAGAAAUUCAGCAACGGUUGAGAGAGUGGAAUCCUCCCGCACCGCACGUUACACGCGGUGUGCUGGCUAAGUAUGCCCGGCUGGUUGGAGAUGCUUCCCAUGGCGCAAUGACAGACCUUUUUUAAGAUAUUUUAGGUACAUGGUAGUAAUGAUUAUGAAUAAAACUGUAUACGAUUCCUUUACGAGCCGGCCAUGCCAUCAUGUUCAAUAAUUAUGUGUCAAGCGGGCCCGUGCAUCAGCGCCCUGUACAGAGGGGGUGCCAUACUGAAUCCAUGGCGAUAGGAGAUCGACUUAUGGCUGAACCGAAUACAGCAAAUGCAACUCCUGUUUCAAAUACUUGUUUGGCAUAGAUGUAUCGUCAACUACAGGAGUAUACAGCUUCCAUUGGGAACGCCUGUUCCAGG